GGCAGGAGGAGGCCGGGCGGCUGCUGCUGCUGCGAUCCGCGCCUGGCGGGGGGCUGCACCCGGGGACCGGCUGGAACUGACCAGCCCCCGGUCCGGCAGCCAGGCAGCGGCGGAGCGAGGCAGCGACCGGCGGGGUGACCCGGCCCCGGUGCACCCACCCGCGGCGGCGCGAAGGGAGCAGCAAGAAAGUUACAGCCGAGUCCGGAGCGGCCGCGCCCCCCCCCACCGGCCAGCAUUGCACGGGGAGGUGGGCGCGGAGCAGAAGCGGGGUGAGGGGCUUGCAGCCCCCCCGGGAUCAGCGGUACUGGACUGGGGGCGUCCGGAGACGCUGGAAAAGCGCGUUUUCUGCCUUGGCAAAGGAACCAGCGGUUCGAUCCCAAGCGAAACAUCUGGCGUGACCAGCUACUCCGUGGAUUUCCCUCCCAAAAUAUUAUAUCCGGCUCCUGAUUCUUUCUAUCCCUCCAGCCCCCCUUUUCUAGAUCGAUCUAGAGCUUUUCUAGAUCUAUCUAUCCCCAGACACCCCCCCUCUCUAUCUAUCUAUCCCCAUACACCCCCCUCUCUGUCUAUCCACAUCCACGUUCUCUAUCUAUCUAAUCUCUGCCCCCCCUCCUUAUUUCUCCAGGAGCAUAUUUAUUUCUCAAAACAAACCCCAGAGCCAAAGGGUUAAACGUCCAGUCUGCAGCCCCCUCGCCCCAACCCCUGGAUGGGACUCGGGAGCUCUUCAGAAAGAAGGGAGGCAAGGAUGCCUUAAAAAGUCCUGGGACUCUCAGGACAGCCCAGAUGCUGAGAGGAAGAGGAGGUCAUCUGAAGAAGUAAAGCAAGGAGCUUCCACCUCAAAGGAAGGAACUGAGGCAGGAUGGGGUCUGUUUAUGGAGGCUGGAUCAGCAGGCUUUGCGUGCCUGGACUGGCCCUGGCUCUGGCCCUGCUGACGGCCCAGCUCUGCCAAGGCAGCAGGAAGGUCCCUCAGCGGACGUCUCGGCAGGUGCCCGAGGAGGACGGAGCUGGAAACCAAGCAGCGGGUGCCUGGAGCAGCUGGGGCCCGUGGUCAUCCUGCUCCCAGCCCUGUGGGGUGGGGGUCUUGGAAAGGGUCCGCACCUGCCUGCCUCCCUAUCAGCGAGCCCCCUGGGGGGGCCCUCACGGCCCACACACGUACGCCCAGCCCCGGUACCCAGAGGAACGGCCCAAUCCUUACCGGCCCCGGCCGUCCUACCCCCUUCACACUGAUGGGGAGUCAAGGGCGCCUCUCUCCCCACCGGGGCCUGCCCUCCCCCUCCACCAUGGCUCUGCCCUCCCCCUCCACAGCGGCCCCAGCCACACCCGGGCGGCCCCCCCUCCCGCCCGCUACGGGCCCCAGAACAGGUACAUCCGCCACGAGCUGCCUUUGUCCCCGCUGCGGGAGGCCUCCUCCAGCCGCAGGAGGGACCCAGCCCUCGCCCCCGGCGCCCCAAGGCAGGAAGAGGACCCGACUGGCAAAGCAGGAGCCUCCAGCCGCGGCCUGGCCCACUCUUCGCGUCGGCUGCGCCACCCGGAUGCCCCCGCCACCCCCCGGCCGGAAAGGCCCUUCAGAGGCGGCAGCUCGGCACCGGCACGGCUGCCCGCCCAGGACUCACUCCCCCUCUUCAAACCCGAGCGGCGGGGCAGCCACGAGGCGGGCGGCGCAGCCGGCAGCUCCCGACACGGUGCCCUCGGGUCCAAGUGGGUGGUGUCCCCGACGCAGGAGUCCCGCGCCGCCAGGAGGUCACGAAUUCGAGAGUCGAUCAAACCGGGGAAAUAUGGCUACGGGAAGGUGCCCUUUGCGCUGCCCCUGCACAAGGAGGUGGCAGAGGGGGGCACGCCACGGUUCAAGAGACACCCAGGGCCCUCGAGCGACCAGCCACCGCCGCCCACCAAGACUCCCAAGCGCAAGGCCAAGGAAGCCCCCAGCCGGGAGAAGGAGCCGCCGGCCAAGGGCGAGCACCAUCCGCAGCACAAGCAGAGGAAGGCCGUGCCGGCGGAGGACUCCGCGCAGCCCCGGCUCCAGGCUGGAGCACUGGCGGAGAACAGCUCAGAGCUGGCAGGGCAUAGGGCAAGGCCCAGAAAUGGGGGAGAUGGGCCCGCCCCACACCGCCAGCCCCACACGGCCGAGCAGGGCAGCGCUGGGCCACUGAAGGCCGAGGCCACAGCCAAGCCCCACACAGGCCCCUCGGAGGACAAGGCGAGUCCUGGAGAGAAUCGGGAGCCAGCAGCAGCAGCCGCAGAGCCGCGAGGGGCCCGGCAUCGCACCGCGGAGGGCACUCCCCAGCCGGGCCCCUCUCCCACGGAGCAGCCAUCCCUGUUCGUUGGCUGGGCUCUGGCGGGCACCGUAGGGCCCGGCGGGGGAGAGCCAAUGGCUCUGGAGGAGGCGGGUUCGCAGGAGUCGCGCCGGAGGGCAGGAGCGCAGGCGCCCGACAAGCGAGGAGAUGGAGACGGGCCCGGGGACGGCGCAGGGGGCACCCAGCAGCCUUCCCGCCCUGGGACGCCCGCGGCAGAGAGGGCCCCGAGCAGCGGCCGCGCCCCUCGGCCACGGGGGGAGCUGCGCCUCACGCACGAGGUGCUGAAGAACCACAGCUCCGCCCUGGAGGCACAGCUGGCGCCCAAGGGACACGGGGCAGGGGGUGGCCACAAGGAGGCGCCAGAACUCGGCCACCCCCAUCCCCACUCCCACCAUGGGGCCACAGGAGCACCAAAGCCCAGGCCUGAGGCCACCCACCUGGCCCAGCCAGAGGGAGCAGGCCCUGCCGACCCCCCCGCGCGCUCCCAUCCCCACCAGCUGGCCAGGCCCCGUGCUCAGAGACAGAACGAGUACCGCCCGGGCAGCGACGGCCCCCGGGCCUCCCAGAGCCUCUUCGUGGACCAGCCCUCGCCUCACCGGCUGGCAGAACCGGACAUCUGGCUGCUCCACCACGGCAGCCCCGUCCAGUUCCAGGCCAGGGGGCAAAGGCCCAGGCUGGGCCUGCACCUGGGCCCCGAGGUGCCCCAGUGGAAUCUCUACCACCCCGGCACAGAGAUCUUCCACUGCGAGGGGGAGAGCAAGCAGUUCAAAGCCUGCAGGCAGGAGCCGUGCCCAGCCGACCAGCCCGACGCCCGAGCCGUGCAGUGCGCUGCCUUCAACACCCAGGAGUUCAUGGGCCGCCUCUACCAGUGGGAGCCCUUCACGGACGUGCGGGGCUCCCAGCGCUGCGAGCUGAACUGCCGCCCGGUGGGGUACCGGUUCUACGUCCGGCACACGGAGAAGGUGCAGGACGGCACACCGUGCGAGGCCGCCUCCCUCGACAUCUGCGUGGCUGGAGAGUGCCUGAGCCCCGGCUGCGACGGGGUCCUGGGGUCCAACCGGACGCUGGACAGCUGCGGGGUGUGCGGGGGCGACCACUCCACCUGCAAGCUGGUGGUGGGCAACUUCAGCGACUCCAACGUGCCCAUCGGCUACCACAAAAUCCUCGCGAUCCCCCAGGGCGCCACCAGGAUCAACGUGACCGAGAUGACCCAGAGCCCGAACUACCUGGCCCUGAGGAGCCGCUCCGGGCAGUCGAUCAUCAAUGGGAACUGGGCAGUGGAUCCCCCCGGGCGCUACGAGGCAGGCGGCACCGUCUUCGUCUACACCCGGCCAGGCCACGGGGAGCCCCGCGGGGGGGGAGAGUCGCUGACAGCCGAGGGGCCCACCACAGAACCCAUUGAUGUGUAUAUGAUCUUCCAGCAGGACAACCCCGGCGUCGCCUACCGCUUCUUCCUGGCGGGGGCCAGACCAGACAGCCCCGCCCGCCACCCUCCCAGCCACCGGCAGGACGUCAGUGCCCUGACCAUGUUAUCACCAAGCGACCAGCUGGUGCCACCCACCUCUUACGAUCACCCCAUGGGGACCCGGCACCGGGCGCCGGCACCGGCCAGCCAGUCGGGCAGGACCCCCGGGACACUGCAGCGCAACGUUCGCGUCCCACCACUGCCGCCCCCACCCGCCCCGCCCCGGUCCCAGGCACACGACGUCUAUUGGAAACGGGUGGGGAGCACCGACUGCUCUGCCUCCUGCGGGAAAGGGCUCUGGCAGCCCGUGUUCCACUGCGCCGCCCGCCACUCCCAGGAGGAGGUUGGGGAGGAGCAAUGCGCCGAUGCCCCCAAACCGCCUGCGCCGGACGAAGCCUGCAACACCCAGCCCUGCCCGGCCUACUGGGACGUGGGCGAGUGGUCGGCCUGUAGCAAGUCCUGCGGACCGGGCACUCAGCACCGCCAGGUCCUGUGCCGCCAGACCUACGCCAACCGCAGCACCAUGGUGCACCCGCAGCACUGCGGCCAGCUGGACAAGCCCAGCCCCACGCAGCCCUGCCAGCUCCACGUCUGCAGCCACUGGGAGGUGCGCACCAACUGGAGCGCGUGCUCGGUUCUGUGUGGCCUGGGCCACCGGACCCGCCACAUCCGCUGCAUCAGUAACCAUGGCGACCUGCUGAGCGACGGCGAGUGCAACGGUAGCCACCGGCCCCCGGCCAACGAGGCCUGCGACAUGGGGCCCUGCGUGCGCAGCUGGUUCCACAGCGACUGGAGCAACACGUGUUCGGCGGAGUGCGGGACGGGGAUCCAGCGCCGCUCAGUGGUCUGUCUGUCCAGCUACGCCAAUGGGCAGGUGGAGGAGACCUGCGCGGGCACCAAGCCGGCCGACAUGCGGGCCUGCAACAGCGGGCCCUGCCACCGCACCGUCAAGUGGUACACGGGGCCCUGGAGCCAGUGCUCGGCGGACUGUGGUACUGGCACCCAGCGGCGGGACGUGAUCUGUGUCAGCAAGCUGGGCUCGGAGUUCAACGUGACGGAGGCAUCGGAGUGCGCUCCCCUGGAGAAGCCGCCCUCUCUGCAGCCCUGCACCGGCAGUGCCUGUGACGCUCGCUGGUUCUCCACCUCCUGGAGCGCGUGUUCCAAGUCGUGUGUGGGAGGAGUCCAGGUGCGGGAGGUGCAGUGCCUGACCCAGAACAAAACCUUCAGCAAUCUUUGCCCGCCGGACCUCAAGCCCAUCAAGAAACGCUCCUGCAAUACCCAGCCCUGCACUCCCGAGCUUGAAUUGAGGCCUUAGACUUUGCACUUUGCUUGACCGGGACGGUGGCAUGAGCCUGGUGAAUCUCACUCUCUGUCAGGGACCAACCUGGCUACAACAUCAUUGCGGACAACAAUGGGAGACAACUGAAUUUUGCGUCUGAAAUGGCAACUCCCCAACACGGAGAAAAAGGAAGCAAAACAGAGACUUCCUGAGCAAUGGCAGGAAACAGAACGUCCUCAGAUGACUCACUCUCCACAACCCUCUAACCCUGACAUACAGCCCCAAAUACGCUGACCAGCUGUGCAAAAGGACUUCCGAAAAAUUGAGGAACCUUCACCAGGAGUUCACAUACUCCAGAACGGACCCUCCCUCAAACAAGAAAUCAGCAUAUGAUCCCACACAUGGGAAGGAAAAAAUCAGGAAUCCUACCUGGAGACCAUGCGAGAAACCCAAAACAACUAUCAACCCCCUCUGAUGCCAGCCAUCCAACACAAAACAAAAAAGUGGAACUAACGACAAGAACUCCACAACACACAGAACACCACCUCCAGGAGAAACCAGGGCACCAGGACCCACAUGGACACUACAUGGCACCCCAACAUCAUCCAUCUAUCAAGACCACCCAUAUCUGGAGCUGAAUUGUCUCUACUCUACAAGGGACUGAACUUUGCCCCACCACAAAAUCUGAUAUUGUACUAAGGUGGUCAACUAGAAAAAUUCUUUUACUGACUCUGCUUCAAAGAAUUUCACAACAAUAGCAACACCACCCACAACUAUCACGUCCCCACUGACAGUCAUAAGGGAAAACAAUCAUAUGACCGCACAAUAGCAGAAAUCACACCAUGUUCAUUACACUGAUUGCAUUAGGGAAAAAAUUUAAAUCCUUAGUAAAACAUCACAUCCACCCCAAUCUCCCUACCACCGAGAGAACAGCUACAGUCAGUCCCUGAAAGCUAACCACCAGAUAAGUAUCAAAGCAGCAGACAAAGCGGGCACCAUUGUGGUACUCAACCGUGAUGACUACAUUAACGAGACCAGUUGACAACUUUCCGGCACCACCUACUAGGAAGAGGUCAGAGAAGACCCCCACCACAAUUCACCCAGGAACUUAAUGAUAUCAUCAAAUCCUUCCCCAAACAACUCUACCACCUUGUCCCCGCUACAAUUCUAUCUUCUGCCUGCUUCCCAAGAUGCACAAGGAACCCCAGGCAGACCCAUCAUAUCUGGCCAUUGUGCUCCUACUGAAGGAAUAUCGAGAUCCAUGAAAAUCAUCCACAAACCAUUCACCACACAAAGGACCAGCUUCCUCCAGGACACAACUGAUUUCCUCCACAAACUCUGCAACAUUAACAACCUCCCUCAGAACACCAUCCUUGCCACUAUGGCGAUUACUUCCCUAUUCUCCAACGUCCCUCACAAAGAAGGCAUAGCUGCCUGCCUAAAUAUCCACAAGACAAUGGACGACCCUCAGAGAUCCACCCCAGACACGUCGCCACACUCACCCAUUUCAUCCUCUUCUUCAUGGGCCAUCCCAAAGAAGAAUUUCUGGACAGAUGCACCACAAAACCAAUGAUAUUUUCAUCCUCUGGUCAGACGGCUUAAACUCCCUCAUCGAUUUCCACCACAACUCCAGCAACCACCACCUGUCCAUUAAACUCUCCCUGGAGCAAUCGCACGGUAGCCUCCACUUCCUGGACACCACAAUCAGCUUCAUCACUGGAACCCUACAGAAAACCAUAUACAAGAAACCCAGGGAUCACCACACCUACCUUCCCCCAAACAUAGGUGCCAACUUUUUCCCGGCGCUGGUGGGUGCUGACUCCACCCCUGCUCCCGCCCCCAUU